UUGUCGUUCGUCACACUCACACCGUCUCCUCUUCGUCCCCAGGUUUCAAGCAAGAUGCAGCUUCUCUCCUCUCCUUCUCCGCGUGGGAUCCGCCCACAGCCCACCCUUUCAAGCAAGCCGCAAGCGCGCCAGGACGGCACCCCAAAGCUUCUGCUCCAGUCCCCCGGUGCGGAGAGGAUUACUUUGGGUGAGAUCCCGCCAUUGCCGCCUGUGUUCGUACCCAGCAAGAGCCGAGGGGCAGGGGGGAGACAUUUUCGAUGCCCACAUCUCCCCUUCUCAUCCCGCUCGCUCUGACGCCGGCUGCUACCGCGGCAUCGCGAAUUCGCAUGAGCAGCAUCCUGCUACGGCGUUUCCGAGGGAGUUUGUGAUGUUUGUGUGGUUUGACACUGCUGGCAGUUGAAACAAAAGCAGGCAUGGGUAGCAAGGCUGUUGACUCGACUUAUUCGUUUGCUGUGGAGGACCGGGAGGAGCAUGAUCCAAAUUUAUCGCCAUUCCUCCGCAAACUUUUUAAACAGUGGGAUAAUUGCAAGGCGAGGGGAUUGUUUCACCACGACAUCACGGCUUGUGAGACCAAGGUGCUACCUGGAGAACACAAUUUCGUGGCAACAUUGAUUGAGGGGCGUGACCAGAAGAAGAGACCAACUGAAUUUGGAAUGAACCAAGUCCUCCAGCCAUUUGACAGUGGGAAGUUCAAUUUCACAAAAGUUAGACCAGAGGAAGUGAUCUUCACAUUCCAUGAAACUGAGGAUGAGUCUGACCGUUAUUUUGAUGGUGCUCCUCCCACUGUUUUGGCUUCUCCUAGCAGCAUUUUGAUCAAUGUGAGCCCAAUUGGGUACUGUCAUGUGCUUUUGAUCCCUCGAAUCCUGGAAUGCUUGCCUCAAAGGGUUGAUCAAGAGAACCUCUUACUGGCCAUGUAUGUCGCAAGGGAGGCAAGGAAUCCCUUCUUCAGAGUUGGCUAUAACAGUCUGGGUGGCUUUGCAACUAUCAAUCACAUCCACUUCCAGGCAUACUAUCUUGAAGUGAAAUAUCCAGUCGAAAAGGCACCUAAAGAGAAACUCACAGUCCUAAAGAAUGGUGUCAGCAUUUCUGAGCUAGUUCAGUACCCAGUAAGUGGCUUUGUGUUUGAAGGUGAAGUGAGCCUGGAGGAUUUAUCAUAUGUGGUCUCAAAUGCCUGUACAUUUAUGCAAGAUAAUAAUCGACCUUUCAAUGUCCUUAUCUCUGAAUCUGCCAAGAGAGUUUUCCUUCUACCGCAGUGCUACGCGGAGAAGCAGGCCCUUGGGAAGGCAAGCCAGGAAUUCCUUGACAUGAGGAUCAAUCCGGCAGUCUGGGAGCUCAGCGGCCAUCUGGUGCUGAAGAGGAGGAAAGACUAUGACGACGCAUCUGAGGCAACCUUGUGCAGAUUUUUGGUUGAAGCGACUCUGUCUGGAGCAGAAUUCCAGGAGCUGAAGAGCUGCGUCUUGGAGUUCCUAGCCAGUGCAAGUCCUCAAAGAGUAGACAUCAAACCGUUUUAAGAUACUGAUCAGUAAUGUUGGGUGAGCUAAGUUGGUACAAAUAUGCUGUCAGAUUUCCGUUGAGCAUAUGCCUCUGUUAUGAUAGUCAUCAGUUUUAUCCUUGUUGAGAAUUGUGUUUCGGUGGAAGUCGGCGCUAAAUUGCACAAAUGUUCCUCA